GAUGGGAUAUAAAGUAAUGGUUUUGGAGAGCUUAAAAAUAUAUAUAAAUGUAAUAUUAGAUAGGUAUAAGAAAUAUAGUGGUGGUGGAUCUUAUGAUAAAGAAGAAAAUUAGAUAAAGAUUGGAAAUUGGGUAGAAUUCGAUGAAGAGUUUCAUGAUAAGAAAUAAGUCAUUUCUCAUGGUGAAUAUAAUAAGAAUGGUCUGAAAGUAGGCUGAUGGGAUA